AUGCACUACCUUCAGAAACUGGGAAGCAAAUACAAGGAAUUGAUCUUCGAUUGCAGCGAAAUGUUCUACAAAGAAUCGCGAUCGCUGGUUCUCGAUCUCUUCGCGGGCUACGAUCCGGUCGAUGGCGGCGAGCCCAUUCCGAACGAAGCCAUUCUGGAGCAGCUGCACGCGCUGUCGAUGAAAGACGCAACGCUGCAGCAUCCCUGGGAGCAAAACGCGCUCGAAAUCACGUUUCUGCGGAAUUUGAUUUGGUCGAAGAACAAUACCGAGGCGUUUUUCCACACGAAACUCGUCCUGCUGUACAUGAGCAGCAUCUCCAGUCUCCAAGAAAACGUGGAAAUGUUGCAACGUCGUCGAAUUCGAUUCGAAUCACAUGCAGAAAAAAUCCAGUCCCUGCAAGAACAGCAGAUAACCGCGGAAAUGGGAGCGGAUCUGGGCGUUGCAGAAUCGGGACUGCAGACGUUGCUUCACCAGCGCAACGAAAUACUAUUCCGCAGCAAGACGGAAUUGCUGGAGUUUCUGGAAUUGUCGAAUUCGUACGACGCGGCGGAAUUGCUGCGCUCGUUCCCCGCGGAUUCGUUUUUGGAGGAAAAAGCCAUCAUUCUAUCGAAGCUGGGCGAAGAUUUGGCGGCAUUGGAAAUCAUUGCGCAUCGAUUGGGGAAUAAAAACAUGGCGGAGGCGUACUGCCAGAAAGUGUGGAAUUCGAAUCGAAACGAGAAUAUUUUCAUUUAUUUACUCAAAACCUACUUGUUUCCGCCCGAAUCCUCGAUUUUAUCGCGGAACGAGAGUUUGAAGCUCGCCAUCGGCGUGUUGACCGAUCAUUCCGACCAUGUGAACAUCGUGGAAGUGCUGCGGCUUCUCCCAGACGACGUUCCUUUGAACGAUUUAAUCGAGAGCAUUGAAGUGGUGAUGACGAAAUUGGAGGAGAACAGGCGAAGCUCGCUGAUGCUGAGGCAGUUGGCGGCGGUGCGGAGAUUUGACGUGAGCGAGGAGUAUAUGAGUUUGCGCAAUUCGUCGUUCGAGAACACGCCGGUUACGUUCUGUCCGGUUUGUAAUCGAGUGCUCGGUGAUUCCGUGUUUACGUUGUUCCCGGACGGCGUGGCGAUGCAUGCUGCGUGUGCUCGACAGCAUUCGAUGGAGUGA